UGACAACUUAAUUUAAUGAUGAGAAAUGAGUCUUUGGAUAAUACACGUUUAUUUCGCUUAUGUAAUUUCAUGUUGCAAUGUUGUCAAGUGUGACAGCGUGUUCAGUGUGUGCUAUAAUGACUGCAGAGAAAGUGGGCGGGAAUACAAAAUAUGUACCGAACAAUGUACAAUAACAAAGGAUGAGAUGGCAUACACGCCAUGUUAUGCAGACUGCAGAACAGUGGGAAUGAGUUAUUUUGUUUGCAAGGCCCAGUGCAUAGUGGAAAUGGACAACGAGAUCUAUGAACAAUGUUAUUUUGACUGUGGGUUGACCGGGAGGGGUCACGUGAUGUGCCUAAAGGAUUGUACAUUCAAUGGUAAUAAUGGUGUCAAUUUGAAAUGUUACGAUGACUGCACCGGAGCUGGUGGUAACUAUGGAACAUGCGUUGUUGAAUGUAAAAUGACAGAAAUGGGAAACUUGUUUGAUCGUUGUUAUGACGAUUGUCGAAACACAGGCGAAGACCGGAAGUUAUGUGUGACAAAGUGUCUCGUACAUCAGGGAGACUCUGUAUUUGAGUUAUGCUACGUAGACUGUAGGAGAAAUGGUUCAAGUUUUGAAACAUGCCAAAAGGAAUGCUUCGUCGAUGAGGGUAUCAUGGUAUAUGGCCCCUGUUAUAACGACUGUUACGACGUCACUGGUGAAGGCCAUGCAGGUUGUUUGAGUGAAUGUUCAAUAUCCGAGGGUGAUAUGUACACACUUUGCUACGAAGACUGUAUGAAGGUUCCAAAUACGGCAUAUCCUACUUGUAUGAGAGAAUGUUCUAUACGCGAGGUUGAUAAGGUGUAUACGCCUUGUUACGAAGCAUGUAAAGCAACUGGUGAAAAUCCUGGAAUAUGUAAAAGAAUGUGCACUGCAAUAGAUGAGGCAUCUGUAAAUGAAAUAUGCUACAAUGAUUGUAUAAAAGAUGGUCAAACCGCAGUACAAUGCGUAGAGGAGUGUAAGGUUGAUAAAGAAGACAGUGUGUAUGACAAGUGUUCAGUCGGAUGUAGCGAUACAGGGAGGUCGUAUGGACAAUGCAUUGACGUUUGCACAGUUCAAUUUGGUGGUAAAGUAUUCGAUGGCUGCUAUGACGACUGCAUCUCUAGUGGUAAUUCGGCAGCAGGCAACUGUGUCAGUAUGUGUUCUGUAGCUAAGAACAGCUAUAUAUUUGGACCGUGUUAUAAGGAUUGUCGUACGAUUGGAGGAACACUUUGCUAUUGUAUGUCAACGUGUAUUGUUAGCAAUUUGGGUCGAGUGUUCCCUGCAUGUUACAGUGAUUGUAGAAGAAGACGUAGGGAUACAGAUGAUUGUGUGGUUAGAUGCACGGUGCCAAAGAAUAAGAAAGUAUAUCUCUCCUGCUAUGAAGAUUGCAGGCGGACGGGAGGGACUCACGACGUUUGCAACAAGGAAUGUUUUUAUGAAACCGGCGAUGCAUUGUAUAAAACAGGGUACAAAGAUUGUGUAGAUGAAUGUGUCGGGGAGUCAUGUAAGAACAGAACUAAUUGCAGACUUCAAACAACAAUUUCGAAUGGUGCCAGUGUCUAUAAGCCGUGUUAUAUAGCAUGUAGGGAAUUAGGAAAGACUGCAUUCACAAGCAUAAAUAAAUGCCUUGUUCCAGAGUAUGCAGUUGUGAAUGAUAGAGGAUAUGGCGACUGCUUAGCAGACAAUGGAAACCAGCGAAAAUUUGCACAUAUCUGUCUCGAAAAAUCAACACUGGAGUUUGGAGGAUCUGUCUAUGGAAAUUGUUAUGAAGACAAUCGUAAAUUGGGAUUUUCCUCAUUUGAAAGUAUUGCUAAAUGCAGACUACGCUUUCGAGGUUUUAUCAAUAAUUUGGAUUACGCCCAGUGCAUGUUGGACGAAGGUACAACAACCGGCCCCAUAGAUUUGCCUGAAGUUUGUGCCAAUAAAACAACGGAUGAUAGAGAGCCCAGUGAUAGAUUCGAUCCAGCAACUGGUGAGGAAAUCGAAUUACCAGAGUUACAAGAUGCAAAAGAUAUUUGCUCCAAACCACAUUCUUAUACGGAAUGUGGCAUAAACAAUAUAUGCUAUGACAUGUGUAGGGACAGUGGGUUGGAUCAUCGAGCUUGCUAUUCAGCAUGUGACCCAAACGAGGGAGGUUUGAAUUUGUUCCUUCCUUGCUUCUUGAAACUGUGUAAGGAGAUAAAAGAUGGAGAUGCUUUCAUGAAAUGCAAAGAUCAGUGCAGACCGGAGUCUCUAGUUUCAAUUGAAUGCUUCACAAAAUGUCGUAAGUUGGGAGAGGAUGUUGGAUAUUGUACCAACGCAUGUCAGAUGGGGACUGGAAUUUCCAUACACGACAGUUGUUUUGAUUCAUGUACAAAGAAUAAAAAUAACAUUGAAGAAUGUAAACAGCAUUGCCAAAUUGCAAGAGACAAUCAUGUCGUAAAUGAGUGCUGGAAGGACUGUCAUCGGAUACAACAAGACAUACCCGGAGAAACCCAGUGUACAUCCGAGUGCGCCCUCACGCUGGGUGCCGAAUUAUUCAGUCCAUGCUAUGUCGACUGCAUUAGGGACGGCGAACCAUACUCACGGUGCUUCCAACGAUGCACUAUACCAAAUGGAUCUGAUGGGUAUCGCCCAUGUUACGAGAAUUGUAUGGAUGGGGAAGAAAUGUUACCUCACGGAUGUUUACGGCAGUGUACACUGAACGAAGGAGGAAUGUACACACUAUGCUAUACACAGUGUAUCAAAGAUGACGGCACAUAUUUAGACUGCAAAAACAAAUGUUUCAUAGCGGAGGGGUUUGAGGUUUACACCGAAUGUUUUGAAGAUUGUACCGAAUCUGGGGAGGACUAUUUCCAUUGCAAGGACACGUGCAUAAUCGACUCUAAAGAUGAUAUUGUAGACCCAUGUUAUCAUGACUGCAAAAACACAACCAAUGGCAAUUAUGAGUUGUGCAGAAAAACAUGUACAAUCCAGGAGGCAGGUCGUCUCGAAAAGUAUGAGACCUGUUAUCAAGGUUGUCCACCUACAAGCAAGUAUGAUGAAUGCAUAAAUACAUGCAAACGCACAGUAAAUGAAGAUGCCAAUGUGUUUGCUUUAUGCUAUGAAGAUUGUAAAAACUAUGAACCUGGCGAUGUUAGCAAAUGUAAGGAUAUUUGCUCUGCACCGGAUGAUUCACUGUUGUUCCCCCAUUGUUACGUUGAUUGUUCCCGGCUUGUCGAUCAUGUCGGUGGAUUCAACAACGAAUGUGCCACCAAAUGCCAGCAUAAAGAGGAUGUUGGAUAUCACGUGUCGUGCUAUAAACGAUGUAGAAACAAUUCCCGGGAUUAUGAACAAUGCAUUUCCGAAUGCAAGAUAUCAUCAAAUGUCUGUGACUAUAAACGGGGCUAUGACGACUGCGUGGACGAAUGUGUAGGGCCAAAGUGUAGCAUUGAUAGGACCCCGUGUCGCGAGCAGACAGCUAUACCAAGGGGCAUGAACGUACAUUGUGAAUGUUAUGUCGCAUGCAGAGCGUUGGGAAAAAGUGCAGUGAUUAGCAUAGAAAAGUGUCUAAUACCAAUGUAUGGAGAAGUUUACGACCAGGGUUAUCGAGAUUGCAUGGCUGACCAGGCACAACUUGAAGAACAUGCUGAAGAUUGCCUUUAUCUUACCACUCUACGAAAUGGUGGAACUGUAUUUGCACCGUGUUACGAAGACCAACGGCAACGUGGUGAUUCUGCAAGUUCAAGCAUCACCAAAUGUACUGUUCCAUUUGGUUUUAGCGUAGAUGUACCUGGAUACCAAAAGUGUAUUGUUAGCUCUUUUGGAGAAGCCUGUUUGGUAAAUAAUACGAAGGAAAGAUCUAAAAUUGGAGGUGGUUUGGACAUCCCUUCUAAACCCUAUACGGAAUGUAGAAAACCAGUCAGUCGAGACGAGGUGCCCCUAUUCUGUGGAUUUGGUCCCAUAAGAGAGGAUUGCCCUAAAGGAACGACAUGUGAUGUGUUACCAAACGAUAUGGGGGGUUUGUGUUGUCCAAAAGAUAUCCAGUGUGAUGAAAAGAAUUCGACCAUCUACAGCAGAAGAGACUGCAAGAAUGACUAUGAAUCUCUAAAGAGGCAAAGAGCAUACCAAGGCCUAAGCAUUCAACAGUAUGUUGCAUGGUGCGAUCACGUGAUCAACUGGCGCACAACGGCGUCAUCUGGUGGAAGAUUUGGAUUGUCAGUAAAUCAGCGAAAGUGGAUUAAAACUAUUCUGGACAAGAUGCAAAUGCUUGCUGACACGCCGACAACUACAACAAUCACUGAUAUGAUCCAGAAACGAUCAGUAGAUAAAGCCCAGGGAAGAUCAAAACGGUUCAUUUUAACGCCAUGGUUCCGUAAGGAAUACCGAAGCGCUAGUCAGGAUGAACGAGAUGCUUUCCACCGAGCCAUCAAUAGAUUAAAGGCAGAUAAAAUAGAUGAGUGGAACAACAAAUAUGAUACCUUGGUAACGCUGCAUGACGCAAAUCUUGCCCAUAAUGCACAUGGUGGCGCAGCGUCUCUUCCUUGGAACCGGGUUUAUUUGCUAAUUUUCGAGUUGGCACUGAGGGAGUACGACAACGUUACGUUAUUGUAUUGGGAUUCAACGUUAGAGCAGGGGCUCACUGAACCCGCUUCUUCCUCUCUGUGGAGUAGAUACUACCUCGGCAAUGCUAACGGACCGGUCACUACAGGACCAUUCGCAAAUUGGUCGACGACUGAUUUGAGAAAACUAACACGUGAUGUCAACAAGUGUUUUAAUCAGCUCCCUACUGCGGAUGAUAUGAAUGCGAUUUUUCGUCGCAGGUUUUACCGCGAGAUUGCAUGCGGGGAAGGGGCUGAGUGUAUGCUCGUUGAGCAGAUCAGCGGGAAAGUACACUCUUACGUAGGCGGUCACAUGAGCGAUAUUAACAAUGCCCCAAAUGACCCUAUCUUCUGGAUGCAUAGAGCCUUUAUUGAUUACAUAUGGGAAGAAUUCAGAGAGAAGAUACAAGACAACCCAACAACUGAUUAUCCAACGAGCUACGGACCAUCCGCUCAUCAACCUCAAGCACUCAUGCAACCCUUUUCUUCCCUUGGACUCAACAUUCGUAACAUCCAAGGCCUGUCUGCCGUAUUUACGCUUAUAUUCUACAGAUAUGAGAGUACGCCCAAGUGCCCCGAUUGUGGAGAUUCGGCGAUAUUGUACUGUGACACCGAAACAAACCGCUGCAAACCAUUCACAAUGGAAAGCAAGAAACAACAAUGUGAUGACCACUGUGCAUUUGUAAACGCCAAGAUUUACUGUGAGAAACGCUAUGAUACUUUAUAUGGUGUCAGCGGUGUAGUUCUCGAGACACUAGGCAUAGAUUAUGAAGGUCGGAAAUCAGAAUCGUAUUUCGGAGAAUAUGAAGCGUAUUACAGCGGGAAAGAAACCUUGUAUAGUACUGCUUCAGAUACACCGAUAUACAAUGGCUACUUUCCCGUAAAACAACCUACCAGGAAGGGUGAGCGUCAUAGCUUCACUACUAGCGCUCGCACUUUGGAUGGUCGACAAUGUACCGUAGAAUGUUUCAAGGGUUACACAAGGAAAGUUAAACGAAAAGGAAUCCCAAUAUACGGUAAAUGCCCGAAAUCUCAGAGUAUCGUCUUUAGUACUAAACCAACCAUAAAAGGGAAAAAUCAAGACGGAUCGAAGUACACAUAUGCAAUACCGUACGUCAGGGAUUACCAAAGCUUAUUUUAUUCUCCGAAAGAUGUCAUCAGAAAACCAAAGAAACCAAAGAUGCCCGAGUAUUAUCGAGUGACAUGCCCGUGUGAUAUUCAGGAAUAUGAGUUUUGCCCGAACUUCAUUCCCAAUCAAAAAUAAAACGGACCUUGUGUAUCUUGUAAAGUUAUUCCCAGUUUGCCAUUAAUUCGAUUUGGAAUUUCGAAAUAAAUGAAAAAUAGAAUAAAUACACGAACAAUGAUUUCCAUUGAUACACGUAGAUGCAA